CGGAGAGUCGCCUCCGUCGCGCGCGACAGUACCGCUUUGCGCUCGGAACGGGUGGACGUACGCUUGUCGCCUUUACCCCGAGCUCUAUUUACGAAACAAGUUUCACGCUUGUGUUUCGAACAAUCCAACCGAAUAAACGGGAUACCACGAUGCACUUUGCUAAAUCGGUGCUCAAAACUUUCGAUAGAGACAAUUCAACACGCUAAAAACGUUACUGUGCUAUUGUGAUUACAAUUAUCUUUAUCGAACGAUACGGCGAAGGUGUGACAAGAACGCGAGUGUAAUUGUUUAUUGUUUUGAAACAAAAGACAGAAUCCGUGGGGAGGUUAAAUUUUCUGUUUUCUUGUUGUUGUUUUUUUUUACUGUGAGGACGCAAACGAAUAGCGUGUAGAAAAGAGACAAUGAGGCACCAAAGGGCAGGAGCGACAGGUGUGGCGGCUUUGGCGGUCCUGUUGGCAGUAAUAACAGGAUGUUCAUCACAAACCCUGAGGAUCUUCCCGGACCAAAAGCACCAAACGGUCGCAGUGGGGAAGUCAGUGGUUCUCACAUGCCAAGCUGAUGCCCCCGACCCUUCCCUCGUUACACAACAUCAGUGGAAAGAUCCCAAAGGAAUGGUUAUCAAUGAAGCGAGUUCGGGUACCCGUCCAGAGAUCUACACGGAGCUAAUGCCGACGAAGCAAUCUCAAUUGCUGUACAUCUCCUCAAUCACGCCCGCGAUGGCCGGCAACUAUACUUGCGAGGCUGCUUAUACCAAUCAACCUCUCAGCGCCAGCGUUCUGUUGGAAACUUUUGUUGCUAUCACAUGGACGAAUGCUAAUGAAAAUCAGUAUGCGACUAAAGGAAAGGACUUCAAAGUUAUGUGUGAAGUAACCGCUGAGCCAGCGCCUUCCGUUGAUUGGUUCAAAGAAGGAACACCGAUUUUGACUGGUGAUAGAUAUGUGAUUCAUGCCAAUGGCCUAAUGAUCAAAAAUGUACAAGAAAGCGAUGACGGAACCUACACUUGUCGAGCAGUUGUCAUCCCAACUGGUGAAUUAGCCGAGAGAAAUAUUAAAGUUGAAGUAUACACCGCACCAGAAAUGGAAGAACGCGAAACAAGAGUUGAAAUUAAAGAAGGUGAAUCAGCAGCUAUAACAUGUAAAGCCAAAGGAAAACCUCCACCAACUUACGCAUGGAUUAAAGCUUCAACAAGGGAGAACUUAGCGACUACUUCAAGAUUUAGUGUUAACGAAAAUACAGGUUUGCUAACAUUCGAUCGAGUUGAGGCUGGUGACUAUGGCAAAUAUAUUUGCAGUGCAGUUAACAAAGCUGGUCAAAACGAAACUGAAAUUGAAGUAGAAGUUCUAGUACCACCAAGAAUAUUUGAACUGUUCAACACUACAGCUCCCGAAAGAGGAGAAGGAAGAUUAGAAUGCAAGGCUACUGGAAGACCAGCUCCUCGUAUAAGCUUCAGAAAACUGAGCAAUUCUGAUCGUUUCUUAGUAGGAUCUAAUGACAAUAAUCGUAUUACGGUUGAGACUUCGGAGAGACAGACAGGUGAUCAAAUGCAAUCAAGUGCAGUCAUCACAAUCACAAACUUGAAUCGAACAGAUGAUGGGCUCUACGAAUGCUUUGCGGAAAACGAUGGUGGAGAAGCUAGGAAGAAUGGCCAUUUAACGGUUCAGUUCAGGCCCUCCUUUGCACAUAUGCCUAAAGCCCCAACAUGGAGUUGGAAUGGACAGCCGGUUAAUAUCAGCUGUAUUGCAGAAAGUAUACCAAAUGCCACUAUUAAAUGGAAGUUUCAGGAAUUCGACUUAUUAGAAUCUCCCCAUGUAAGGAUAUUUGGUUCGGGUCCUAUCAGCUAUGUCACAAUAAUCCCGACUGAUCGCAAUCUCUACGGACACUACAAAUGCAUCGCCACCAAUACACUCGGCGAAGCAGAACACAGCACUGAAUUGCGGGAAGCUUUCCCACCUGGUAUUGUAGCACAGGUUCAAAAAGACGUGGUAACAGCGACCUCAGUGUCAUUUAAUAUCAACGGCCCAGCUGAAGAUAUGGGACCACCAACCUUAGCUUUCACAUGUCAGUAUAAGGAAAAUGGCAAUUUCGACUGGAAUCUCGCAAUGAACAGGACUUGGUCCAUCAAUUCGCCGUACAUCAUCGAGAAUCUGCAACCGAUGUUUACGUACGACUUUAGGUUCGCAGCCGUGAACCAGGUCGGGGUUGGAGCUUGGGGAUCCCCGAUUACAAUCUCUAUGCCGAGGAGAUCUGUUCCGGAACAGCCAAAAUGGAGAGAGGAUAUUAGUUCUGAAUCGCUAUUGCAUGGAAAAUAUGCAGAUAGAUACGAGCUUAGGUGGAAAGCACCUGCUCAUAAUGGAGAGCCUAUUGAUCAAUAUGAAGUCAUCUACUGCCCAGUGUUGAAAGUGAGUGGUGAAUGGAGAGUAUCUGCCGAAUCUCAGUGUCAAACAGAGGAGCUUAAGACCCCUGAGAUGAUCGUUUACGAAGUGCGAGGCCUACAACCGGACACUCGCUAUCGGAUGCAAGUCCGCGCCCACAACAUUCUUGGCUAUUCCUUACCGGCCCAGCUUUACGUGCAAACAGCCCUUGGUGUGAAGACUUCCGGAUUUGCUCCACCUCAACUCCUUUCAAGUAGCGCCAUCAUUGGAGUGGCGCUUGCAGGUGUCUUCAUUUGUUUGAUCAUAGUCGAUCUCAUACUAUUCUGCUUCAAGCGCCAAGGUGUAAUAGCGACUAUCUGUGGCAAGCGAAUGAAGAAGCACCAAGAUGAUGAAGCAAAAUUAGGAAGUCUGUACGGUUGGCGCUUCCCGCUCCCUUAUUGCAGCACGAAGCCGCGCGCGCCGCCAUCUCCCGCGCCUCUGCCUCCACCCGUGAAGCUCGUGCCGACCCCGACGGAUGAAAAGGAACCACUCAAGGAUACUUCAGAAGAUGCAAUCAAAAGGAAUUCUUCGGUGGAAUUUGAUGGGAGACGCGUGUAUGCCACGAGUGGAGGGCCUAUUAUAGGCAAGAAUUCCGCUGUCUAAAUAGUCUUGAACGAAAACGGUCAAAUGAUGAAAUUACGUCCUAAAUAACAAACAUUUUCGUAUCAAAAUCCGUGUGAAGUUUUAUAGUAUGUUGUUCUCGUGAAACUGAGGUAUCAAACAAAUCUUCACUUAUUGCUUUAUACUUAAACCAAAUACGAACGAAAUUCGCACGAGAAUACAUUAUUUAAUAUUCCACUACAAAGGAUGAACUAUCACGAUUAUUGUCUAGCAUAAUUGUAUGUAUCUUACGAAUAUGAAGCUUCAUGUAUUUGUGAUGUGCGCCAUCAGUAUUCGAAACUGCCAAAAAAGAAUUUAAUCUUUGAUCACAUUUCAAAUUUGUCAGUAAAUUUUUCGUUUCAACAUCGAUAUUAAACACGAUUAAUAUCCGAUCUGAGUUAUUUUAAGGGGAAAGAUAACUUUUAAUGUCGUUAUUGAUACAGUAGGUAACCGAAAUCUUAGCACAAACCUGUACCCCUAGCACGAACCAACAUCGAAUUCGAAUAGUGAGCGAGUGCGAAAUGUCAAUGUCAAAUUUUGUAUGGAACUUGAAAAACAGCGCCAUAACUGACGUAACGAGAACUAAAAAUCACUACACAUUUGACAAUGACAUUUCGCACUCGCAAACUAUUUGAACUCGAUAUUGGACUAACAAAAUUGGAAAGUGAUAAAUAACGAACUUAUAAGUAAAAUAAAGUAAGAUCAAAUUUUAUGUUAUGUGUAAGAUAAUAAAAAUUCUUUUAAAGUGACAUAAGUUUGAAAAUUUCAAUCUCUUUGGAAACAUCUUUUCUAUUGAGUUAAAUUUUAUUUACGACAGCUUCAGAGGUACAAGAUGUGCCUUCUAGUUAGUACUUCUUAAUGAGGGUAUAGUAUAGGCUUCUGUAUAUAACAUUACAACUUAGGAUAAAACACUACGCACGGGUCACAAUUCAUACUAUGAUUUAAAUUUUGUAAAUUUAUUACGUGUUAUUUACAAAUAUAAUAUCAAUGCUAAGAAGCUAGAGACCACAGUUAAAUUAUUAUAAUACGAAAUCAGAGGUGUUUUUGAACGGGUUACUUUUACGAGGCUAAGUGAAAACAUAUUUCAAUUAGAAAUUUCGUAUUCCCACUUAAAACUAAAAACUGUACGGAAAAUCUUUAUAACCAUACAGUACUUGUUAAGGCUUGUAAAUAAGAACUUUGUAAAUAUAAUUAUUUUCGCUUCCUUAAUUAUAUGUAUAAGUCUUAAGUAUAAGAAUACUUAUCACACUUUUAGUUUAAGUAUUAAAGCAUUUCUCAUAAUUUAAUACCUACCUUACAGUCAUGUAACUAUAGACUUAUUAUUGAAUAAGUAAUUAAUUGUAUUGUUUACCUUAUUAGGACGUUUAGUAGUUAUUAUCUUUUAAAUAGGUAUAGUUAUUUAAUUUUUUAUCGAACAAUGUGUUCGUUCCUUAUUGGUAUACAUAAGGAUAAGGACUUUUCUAAUCGAACUUCAAAAGUACUUUAUACCAAGAUAUACAUAGAUAUGACAAUUAUACUUAAUUGACUAAGGAUUAAAAUAAUGUUGUAAUUAUAUGUUUUGUAAUGUUGCUUCCUAUUGUAUACUGAUGAAUGUUUUCAAUUGAUAUUAUAUGUAUUUUAUACCAUUAAAUUACUAUGUUCGGUCCCAUCAAAUAGAAAACAAAAAACUAUUUAAAAUGUUAUUUCCUAAUCUUCGCUGAUUUUUAUGAUUCCAUUAAAACUCUUCAUUUCUCUUUUAUUCUUAAUAAAUACAGAUCUGAUGAUGCGGAUAACGAAGCAAAUUAUCAUAAAACUAAUAUCGUAAAAAAUAUUUUUUUCACUCCACGUUUAUGUAAGAGCAAUCUAGGACGUCAACGGCUAUUCGAUUCGUAUUGGCUAUGUGUAAAAUUAACAGCAAUUUCUCCUUUCAUUCCCUAUAGAGCUUCGUAAGGAUAUUCUAUUGCUUAAUAUACAAAAAUUACAAGUCACGAAUAGUUAUGUAAAUUGCAAAGCUUACAAAUUAAACAAUAGUCACUGAUAUGUUUCAAUUCCAAUACAAGGUAAGGCAACGUUUGCACUAGACGGCCACAACCACGACCGGUGGCCGCCACGACCAGAUUAACUAAAGUUGGCCAGCAGUUGCGGCCAAGUUCGCUAUGUGCGUAUCGUUUCUUUUGUUAUUGCCGUCUAGUGCGCAAGGCUCCUAAAGGUGCUGAACUGUGUAGUCGAAGUCACGCCGCGCAUGGAUGCCAAACGUAUGAGUACUCUAACAUUCGAGAUUUAGCAGUAUCUAUACAUGAUACGAGGUAAAUAGAUAUUUCGUAUACUUUGAUAUGAGAUUUAAACAAUGUUGGCUGUUUGUGUUAUGUACACAAACCAAAUAUUCUACAAGAUAGUAAAUAAAAGUCCAGUCCACAAAGGAUCAUUUCAAUCAGUACAUAUUUAUUAUGUCAUCACUAAAUGCAUCCUUAUUCGUAUCACCGUAUCAUGUAAAGAUACUGCUAAAUCUCGAACGUUAGAGUUCACAUACGUUUGGCAACACUGCGCGGCGCGACAUCGACCGCUACAACACAGAUCGUGGGAUAAUAGCGCCUUAAGAAUAACACCAUUGCCACAGACUAAAGGAUAGUCUCUUAUAUGAAUAUAGAAACAUAAGGGACCGCGAUUUGAAUUAUGACAUUCGUUCACCAUUAUACUAAUCAUUCGCUACUUACGUUUAGUGAGAUCACUUUGGUAGAUACCAAAUGAAACGAAAAGAUGAUAAAAAUAUUUUUUAUCAUCUUAGCUUUAAAGGAAAAAUUCUUACUGAGAUUGUAUUUACCUACUCUUAUUGCCACCACUGUACUACGUACUCAACCAAAUUUACGAAAUAUUUUAUGAUCGGUUAGCGGCGAACAUUUUUGACAUACCUAAUUUGAGUAGUGUAGUUGUAGGGUUCCGUACCUGAAGAACGAUAUCAGAACCUUAAUAUAAAAUCUCCUUUGUAUUUUUAAUAAACACAGGACAUUUUGAAGACAUUAAGCUUUGCAAAUUCCAAAUAUUAUUCUAUUAAACUUAUGAAAUGGCACGGAACCCAUCGUGUCUAAGGCCGACUCGUACUUGGCAGGUUUUUAAAACUACUUAUUUUAGAUAGUUUUUCUCAAGAACUCUGUAUUAUUUUGUAUCCUUUUUAUGUCAAUGAUAAUUCUCAUGCCUACACUGCAAUUGAAGAAUGAUAAAUUAUUAUAGAAACACGCCAGACUUUUAACAUAUUUCAUUACAAUAUAUAUGUACCUAUAUAUAUCGAAUUUCUUUCUAUAAUAAUAACACAAGACUGUACAUUAAAACAAUAUCAACAAUAUCGGACCAAAACAAUGACGUUUUUGCAAUACCUUAGGAUGGGUUUAGACCUGAGCACAUGCACGUAAAGACAUUAUGCGUGUAUCAUCGAAAUAAUGUCAUAUACAUACAUAAUACGUUUCUUUUAAAUUUCAUCGCCUGCAGUCAGUGACGUGUGUUAUGUACUUAUGAGAUAAUAUAAACUUCAUAUUAUCU